GAUGCAUUAACUGAAGUACAUUUUAUGUCUUGCAGAGCAAGUUCUUAUUGCCCUGAAGUAUCUAAAAGGGGAUUGGGAUAACAACAGGAACUCUCAUAAAAACAGAAACAUCAACUCCUUCAGUUCUUCAAGACUUCAGGACUGUCUAUUUUCUCCCACUGAUUCUCCAUUCUGAGUAGAGAUUUACUGAAUUGUCUGUGAAGAAACCAGAAAGAAGAUGAACAUCUUUGGGAAUCAGCAGGCAAAACCAGAGGUCCACAUUUUUGAAAGCCUCUCAAAAGGCGAAGAAGCAUCCAUUGCUACGCGAAAGGAGGAAGUGAAGAACGGUCUUGCCAAGUUGGGAAUUAAAUGCAGUGUGGACAAAGUCCCCAAUAUUGCUGUCCUGGGAUCCGGAGGGGGUAUGCGGGCCAUGAUUGCCCUUUAUGGCACACUAACAGAGCUGAAGAAAUCCAACCUCUUGGACUGUAUUACAUACUUGAGUGGGGUAUCAGGUUCCACUUGGUGCAUGUCAUCUCUUUAUAAAAAUGAGGACUGGUCAGAAAAAAUGGAAACUUUGGAAAAUCUUCAGCGUGAAAAACUUGUCAAAGGCCGGUGGGAUUUUGUGAAGGCUAAAAAGGCUGUGCUGGAGGCUUCAAGAGAUGAAAAUUACUCUCUGACAGAUUUCUGGUCCUAUUUUAUUGUGUAUAAGCUCACAAAAGAGCUUGAUGAGAGUAAAUUGUCACAGCAAAGGAUAUCUUGUGAGAAUGGGAAAAAUCCUUAUCCCAUCUAUGCCGCUGUGGACAAGCACACCUAUAGCGAAAACCAUGCAGGAAGUUGGUUUGAAUUCUCCCCACACAACACUGCCGUUCCUGAUGUAGGUGGAACACUUGGCACAGCUGGCUAUGUUGACAUGAAACGUCUUGGAAGUAUAUUCAGCAGUGGAAAACUGUAUUUAGAGAAAAAGGAAAAAAGUAUUUGCUAUCUUCAAGGACUAUGGGGAAGUGCCCUUGCAAGUGAAAAAGAAAUUAAGAAGGCUAUAAUUAGCGCUUUGCUAGACUUUAUCAAGAAAGACAAAGAAAGCUACUUUCCUUCUCCUUCAACAGACGUAGAAUUUCAGAACCUUAACAUACUUAGCCAGGCUUAUCAGUACGUUCUGGAGUUGCAAUUGUCUGCAUCAGAUGGGGCAGCAUCAAAUCCAGAGGCAUUCUUUGAUCAGCUUGAAAUACUUUUGGGACUCUACAGAACCAGCAAAAGCUAUGCAAUAGUCAAAGAGAUGCGUCAGAACUGGGCCUUGUUAGAUGAAGAAAAGAGAGAAGAUUUGUGUGUGAAACUGUGGGAAGCUCUAAACAAGGAUUUUGGAGGACCUGAAGAAAAGCUCAAAAAGCUUCCUAUUUACAGACCUAUUGAAGUAAUUAAAGCACCAGUAGAAAAAGUCCUGGCAUCUGUUCCUUUAAGCCCUCUUCAAGUAGUUAAAGACUGGAUCAGAUGUAUCCACAAGACCAAUUCAUGCAUUCUGACCUGGUCAUGGGGAUGCACAAGUAAUUUCUUGUACAACUUAUCUGACGUCAAACUUCCUGAGUUGAGAAGGAAAGAGGUCAUAUCUCUGAUUGAUGCUGGGCUGGCUAUAAACAGUGCUUAUCCACUUGUCCUCCAUCCAGACAGAAAUGUGAAACUGAUUCUCUCCUUUGACUUCAGUGGUGGGGAUCCUUUUGAGACCAUCAAAAAAACAGUUCAGUACUGCAAGAUUCGUGGAAUUAAAUUUCCCAGAAUAGAUCAGAGUGAGCUGAUGGACAAAGACAACCCUUCAAAUUGCUAUAUUUUUAGAGGAGAAGGCCUGACUGUUAUGCAUUUCCCGCUGUUCAACAAAGUCAACUGUCAAGAUAAAAUUGAGGAAUACCGUAAAAGGUUUAAAACCUUCAAACUCAGCUACUCAGAUGAAGACAUCGGAAUGCUGCUCACUGCAGCAAAGAAGAACGUAGCAGAUGUUCAACAAAAGAUUGUGGAGGAGAUCAAGAAGAUUGUGGCUCUUCCAUAAUAGAUGUAUUAAACAAAUAGUCUCUGUGUAAACAUUUUUUGAGAAUACGGAAAGCUAUCCUAUCUGCAUAUGCUCAGUGUAUAUAGAGCAAAUCCAUAGAAUCAAUAGUAUUUACCUACAUGUUGAUUUACUUUUCAAUAAUUGAUUUAGUAAGCCAUCUUGAACUGGAACAAUAGAUAUAAAACCUAAAUGAAUCUAACAGUUAAUUUACACUUUGACAUUUUUCUUUAUUCUGCUUUGAUCAGAACGAACGUCGAAACCUUUACUAUUCCUUUCAAUGGAGGGGAAAAGGUUCCUGAUUGCAUAUUAAUAUUGCCAGCAAAGGAAUGAUUACACCAAAAGAGAGCAUUGAUAAUUCCAUUGUUUAUCUGAAACCAAGGAAGGAUAGUGAACAUCAGUUACAGUAGUGACCAUUUCACAUCUUUGGUAUAAUAUUGACAAAUCCAUAAUAGUCUUGUUGAGGCAGAGGGUCCAUCCAGACAGGCCCAAAAACUGGGAUAUGUCUCGAU